AUGGAUUUGGACAACCUCUCACCGCUCUAUGAAUCCCUGGAUCUCUCGAAUCCUAUGCGUCGCGAUACAGCUAGCGUUGAAGCAUUUGGCUGGGCCUUGAUACGAUUUGUAGCCGACAAUCCUGGUGCCUGGGCCUUUCACUGCCAUAUCUCGUGGCAUGCAGAAGCCGGUCUUCUCAUGCAAGUCCUCACACGCACCGAUCUGCUGAUUGGUAGCGAGAUAUCAGAGGCGCAUCGAGAACUUUGCAGAGCUGAUGGUCUAGAAAAAGGUAUGGGUCCGAAGGAUGAGAUUUAUUAUGAUGAAGCGUGA